UUUUUUUUUGAUUCAAUCAAACACUAUAAAAAAAUGUUGUCUAUUUAUCUCUUUCUUUGUUUCUUUCUUUUCAAUCAUGUCGUUUAAGAAUCUGCCUACAGAAAUUUACCUUCACAUCUUUCGAUAUUUACCCAAGAAAUCACUUACUGAAUGUCAAACCAUAUGCAAAGCGAGUCAAACUGCAGCUACACAAACCCUCUGUCAAAGUGUGGGCUUUUCUGACAUUUUGGCUGCAAGAAUACAGAAAGAUCAAGUCAAGAUGGGUCUAUGGGUCAAGUCACUCGAGAUACAUAUCCAACUCAUUUGCUUUGAGCCCAUCCUCGAUCAAAAAUUAACUGACUUGUUUCGCCUGAUGCCUCACUUGAGAACACUCACUCUGUAUUAUGGUGGAUCCAGCGAAAAACUCUUGACUUUCUUGAUUGGCCUGAUGGAUGUGGACAAGAAGUAUAUGUCUCAUUUACAAGAGAUGGUCUUGUCUGGUUAUCGACAUGAUGUGUUGAUCAAAGACUUGUAUCUGUCCAAUAUGCAUCGAUUGUGCGAUACCAUUCAGCGUUUGAAACUGCGCGGUUUGGAGUCUCCGUUUUAUCAACAGCAUGGGAUGCGUGUGUUUGACUAUGUGUCCGCUUUUAAAAACUUAAAGUGCCUGACCAUUGUGCCUGAUCAUACGAUACAACAGCAGGAAAAUCAAUUCAAUGUGCUGUCUAUCUUAUUGGCCUGCCCUACGCUAGAAAAGUUGGAUUAUGAAACACACCAGACAUUAGAAGCACUCCUCUUAGAAGAUCUGUCUAAACCCACGCAUGUCUUGAAAGAUUUCCGUUUCAAGGCACAGAACUUACCUCCUACUUAUGCUUCCUUUAUGAUGGAUUUCAUUCUACCUCAAGUGAAUACUUUUGAGCUCAAAUUGAUGGACGAUACCAUGUAUGAUGCACUGAUUGGUCCCUAUGCUUCUCUGUUUGGACAAGGUCUAAAGAACAUCACGUAUCUCAAACUGGAUAGUUUCUUUACAGACAUUCGACAGUCUAAAAACACCAGUCUAUUGACAACCGUAUGGGGCUUCCUUGGCCAGAUCAAGUCGCUUCAUCCUUCUGUCUGCACAACAGUCGAUAUCCGUCUUUCUUCGCUUCGUCCUACGGAUCUCAAGAGCCUUGAACUGGACGUGCGUAAAAACCGCUUGAAGGCGCAUGUUCAUAUGUAUGUUCAUCGUACAAUGACCUGUGUGCCAGACCUGCUUGCGUCUUUCAAGAAAGCCAAUCAGCCAGAACUGAUGGAUUGUCUGUAUCUCUACGAUUCGUUACCUGAAUUCUUGCCUGUUGAACUACUCAAAGGUAUCUUGAUCUCUUGUCGUCGUCUUCAAUGUCUCAUGAUCCAAUCGGUUGCCCAUAAAGAAAGCACAAUUCACUGUUAUGCCAGCAAACCCUUUGUGUUUCAACCGACAGACACAAGCACCAAGGAAAAUAUUCGCUAUGCCGACUUACUGCAUGUGCCUCUUCAAGACACACUUCUCUCUACCCUCAACGAGUAUUUGCCCAACAUUGAAUACCUGUCUAUGCAAGAUUGCCAAGUCUACCUAGACAAGCACAACAACACUGUAUUGGACUUGCAUCAUCUCUCAAGACUGAAAUCGAUUGAUUUAAACCCAUUCAAUAUUGAGACAGCCAAAAUGAAAACUUUGUUUUUUAAACUAAACAUGAAAGAUAAUGCGUCUCUGGUCUACAAGACUGCAGUCAAAAGCCAGAGAUCCAUGGAGACACUUCAGAUCACAACAGAUAAAUAUUUGCAUGGCUAUCAUCGAUUGACGUCUGUUUAUACCACUCUCAUUACGAUAGUAUGUCAUCAAGUGGAUAAAGUCGUGUUUACUACCAAGUCUCGAUAUGUUCCCAAGUUUGAGUUUAUAUUUACGCCAUGGCAUGAUUAUUUGACUGUUGUCUCUAAUGAUCAACAGCAGUCAUAGUCAUAGUAAUAAAAAGAAUAUAUGUAUAUAUAUGUGUAUAUAUAUAUAUGUACACAUUACAAUGGUAUAGAUGCAUCUACAUAACUGAAAUUAAGAAAAUGACUAUUGGCCUGAACAUCAUGAUUUUCUGGUGAACCCACAAGUGCUUCUGCAGUAAAUACAGGAUCAAAAUUCUCUGCUUUUUCAGGUUCCGUCUGGCGCACAAUGGGCGGAUCUAAUUGACGGUUCUCUAAAGCAAUCC